AUGAUAAAUAAUAUAACAAUAAAGCAAACCUGUAUUGAUAUACCAGAUUUCCUUGCAAAACUUAGAUUAUACUUGCAAAACCAAGGAAUAAAUCUAGCAGAUAAUGUGGAAGGUCCACCAAUGAGAAGAGAAGUAGCUAUAGGAUAUUUAAGAGGAUGCAAAUUAGUAGCUGUAAAUGGGAGAACAGCAGUUCAAAUAAAAAAUCAAGCAUUGAAUGAGGCACUCGGCCAACCUAGUAAUGCAAUAGUCAAAUUAAGAGCUGUAAAGGGUCCUUGGGAUGAAGAUUGGCGCAUAGCAGGUGGUCGUCCUACUAACAUUGCUGUUAAUGCACCAAAUGCUAAUAAUGGUACUAUAGUAGUUGUAGCUGGCAUUCAUUUCAGUCAAGCCAUAUGGUGGCUAAAAAUACAUUUUCCUAAAGUGGAAGAGGAGCUUCAGGAUUUGCAAUAUGGAACAAUUAGAAAAGGAAAUAUGACUAUAGAUGAAUUAUAUAGAAAAUUGCCCGAAGAAUUACAUAAUAAGUUCUUAGAUGCCCUUCCUAUUCCAUGGCUUGAAAAAGCUGAGGAUAUUAGUGAACAUUUGCCAUUAGAUGAAUUAGCUAAAAAGCUUUAUGAGAUAGAGUUACAACGAAUUGCUAGACAUAAAAAAGAUAGAAUACCUGAUUCACUAGUAUCUCAACAAGCAUCUCGAGAAAUAUAUGAACUCUUACCCAUUCCAGCUCUUCAACAGCAAGGAAUUUCUUUAAAAGAUAUGCAAAAACAAGCAGUUGCUCAAAAAGCACAAGCACCAGCUUCACAAACUGUCAAACCAGUUAGACAGCCAAGAGGUCUACUACCUUCAUUACAAACAGAAGAAGGUAUGGAAAAUUUUCACUUAUCACAAUACUUAAAUAAUUUAGGUAUAUUUAGUACAGAAGAUUUCGACAGAAAUUAUCCUAUAAAGCCUUUUCAAAAACCUCAUCAGGGACGAUUAUAUUCAUCAAAUCAAAAUGCUAGAAUGGAUAGAAUAGAAUCGAAAGUAGAUGAAAUCAGUCAAAUAACAUCUCAAUUCGGAAAGAUGAUGCUUGAUAACAAAAAACUCUUAGCUAAAUCAAAUUCAAUAUAUUGA